CUAAGAUCGAAGGUCACGUAGACAGAGCGUCCCGCCCCGCACCCCUAAGAUCUCGCGCGAGUUUAAUUUCCGCCCUUUUGGCUCUCGGAGCAGCACUAUGGCGGUCGGAAAGAACAAGCGCCUUACGAAAGGCGGUAAAAAGGGAGCCAAGAAGAAAGUGGUUGACCCAUUUUCUAAGAAAGAUUGGUAUGAUGUGAAAGCACCAGCUAUGUUCAAUAUAAGAAAUAUUGGGAAAACACUAGUCACGAGAACUCAAGGAACCAAAAUCGCAUCUGAUGGCCUCAAGGGUCGUGUGUUUGAAGUGAGCCUUGCUGAUCUGCAGAAUGAUGAAGUUGCAUUUAGAAAAUUCAAGCUUAUUACUGAGGAUGUUCAGGGCAAAAACUGCCUGACUAAUUUCCAUGGCAUGGAUCUUACCCGUGACAAAAUGUGCUCCAUGGUCAAAAAAUGGCAGACCAUGAUUGAAGCUCACGUUGAUGUCAAGACUACCGAUGGAUAUUUGCUUCGUCUCUUCUGUGUGGGUUUUACUAAAAAACGCAACAAUCAGAUUCGGAAGACCUCUUAUGCCCAGCACCAGCAGGUCCGCCAGAUCCGCAAGAAGAUGAUGGAAAUCAUGACCCGAGAGGUGCAGACAAAUGACUUGAAAGAGGUGGUCAAUAAAUUGAUUCCAGACAGCAUUGGAAAAGACAUAGAAAAGGCCUGCCAAUCUAUUUAUCCACUCCAUGAUGUCUUUGUUAGAAAAGUAAAAAUGCUGAAGAAGCCCAAGUUUGAAUUGGGAAAACUCAUGGAGCUACAUGGUGAAGGUAGUAGUUCUGGAAAAGCUACUGGGGACGAGACAGGUGCUAAAGUUGAACGAGCUGAUGGAUAUGAGCCACCAGUCCAGGAAUCUGUUUAAAAAUCAGACUUUUAAUGGCGACAAAUAAAAGCCCUCAUUUGUGAUAUUUUA